CGGUGUGUCCCCCCGUAACAUACCUCGCACAAUAUUCAUCUCGACGGCUUAGAUUCACGAUCUGAAACCACUGAAUCGAUCGUAAAAGGACAACAAGCAUCAACAUGGCAGACGGCUUCAGCACUGCGCGCACAACCAGUGCCGAACACUUUGUAUCCACCAAACGCCACGAUACAUAUCCUUACAUCGACCCGAAAAACUUCAAUUUGAAAGGAAAGCAUGUGUUUAUCACGGGAGCAUCAAAAGGCCUGGGAAAAGCAACAGCGCUGAGCUAUGCGCAGGCCGGAGCCUCCAGCAUCGCCCUGGGUGCGCGAUCGUCGCUCGAGUCCGUAGCCCAGGAAGUUGUAGAAGCAGCCAAAAGCGCCGGCCAUCCCGCGCCGCGAAUCACGACGUUGAGUCUCGAUGUCACCAGCGAGGAGAGUGUCGAAGCCGCAGCCAAUCAGGUCUCCAAGGACUUUGACGGGCGCAUCGACAUCCUGAUUAACAACGCGGGGUACCUCAGCACUCUCAAGCCCAUCCCCGAGAGCACCCCCAGCGAGUGGUGGCGCAUGUUCGAAGUCAAUCUCAAGGGACCCUACCUCGUUUUCCGUGCUUUCUACCCCCUGCUCUUGAAGUCGUCGCUCAAAAUCGUCAUCAACGUCGUCUCCGUGGGCGGGAUAACAACACUGCCGCACAACAACGCGUAUGGAACUUCAAAGAUGGCCAUGAUCCGCGUUACCGAGUUUAUUAAUCAAGACCAUGGAGAGGGCAAAGACGGUAUUGUUGCUGUUGCUGUGCAUCCGGGAGCUAUCCCGACGGAUAUGGGGCUGGGGCUUCCCGAGUAUAUGCAUACGCAUCUGAUUGAUACGCCUGCGUUGGCGGGUCACACUCUGCUGUGGCUGGGGGCGGAGAGGAGAGAGUGGCUCGGCGGAAGAUAUGUUAGUGCUUGUUGGGAUUUGGAGGAGCUGAGCGCAAAGAAGGAGGAGAUUAUGAAGAAGGACUUUUUGAAGAUGCGGCUGAAGAUUUAAGUCGAUACAGUAGGUGUAGGGCAACGAGGUAUAGGGCAACGAUGACGAGAUGAUAGCGGGUGCACGUGACAAUGCACGUGACAAUGCACGUGACAUGCACCGGUCUGCGGGGCUGGCUUGGCACCUUUGUGCGCGUUUGCCACCCCCACUAUAGCCUUUGCCUUCCGUUUUACCAUGACUGCUUCAUCUCUAGUCGUUUCUCGAGUCUU